AUGGACCUGGCUGGGAUGGAGCUGGAACGAGGCUUGGAGCUGGCUGAUUCCAAGGGGAAGAGCAUUAGGCACUUCAGGGAAGUCAUUCCCAGUUUCACAGUGAAAUCGUGCGGCCUCGUCUUCCUGGAAGAGGAGGUUUCCCGAGAGCAGCAACCCUUAGACUUUGGCCAGGGUGUCCUUAUGGAAGCAGCGCUCUCCUUUGCCCCAUCCUGCAUCUUCAGGGACAGGGGAUGGGUCAACGGGGGCUGUGUCAAGGGGCUGGAGGCAGAGCCCCUGGCUGACAGCGAGCCCUUCCCUGCACAGAUUUCCCCCCGGGCCCUCUCCUGCGCUGUUGUGCUGCUCCUGCUCCUCACGGUGCUGAGCAGAGGCAAGAGGUGCAGCAUCGCCAGGAUCCUCCGGCAGUACCGCGCCGUCAUCUUCCACGAGAUCCAGAACCUGAAAACCCUGAGUGGGUCGGUGGACAGGAGCGGAAGGGCCGGCCCGGCUUGUCGCUCGGAUAAGGACCACAGGAUCCUGUUCUCCAUCUACAACAUCACCAUGGCCCUGUGGGACGCGGCUGCCGGCUCCGUGCGUGGCCCCGGGGAGCUGGCGCUGUGGAAGGUGGCCAGGAACACGGAAGUGGUGUUCAGGGAGAGCUGCAGGAGCAUCCGUAAGAGCCCGCCGCGCAUCCCGGCUCAGCCCCGGCGCAGGGGACGCAGGCGCAGGAGGAAGAUGAAGAUGCUGCGGGAGGUUGGGAGGAAGGCUCAGAGGCUGGUGACCUGCUGGGAGAAGCUCUAUGCCCUGCACGCACCGCACCGGCUGCCCCGGCACUCAUAGGGAUGCUCUCGCCGUGUGCCGGAGGGAUGCGCAGCUCCAGCAUCGCGCCUGCCCCUGGCUGGUUUGGAAACCUGGGGCACAUUGAAUGCUGAAGGCAGCGGAGAUGUUGAAUUCAUCCUCCUGGUUCAAGUGGUACCCAAGGACCAGCCCCAUUGCAUCCCUGGCAGGUUGGUUUGCCAUGGGAUGGCUAUGGUGGGAAGCUGGAACGCCAGGAAAUGGGAAGAAGAAAGGGAAGUGCCAAAGAAAGGAGGUGAGGGGCUGGAUUUCAAUGAUGCUCCUGGCCCUGCAUCUCCUGCUGCUUUCUGGGGGACAACGGUUGCUUUGGGGGCAGAAAGAGGAUACGGGGCUGUUGCUGGCUGCAGGACCACUGUGUAUCCAUAAGGCUCUGAGGGUGGCCAGGCUGUGGAGUGGGACCCGUGUCCGUGCUGCACUGCUGGCACACAGAGAGCAGCCGGGUGCCCACAGCGGAUGGGGAAGCCGAGGUGCAUCACCGGGCACCCAGGGGAAGUCUGGGGAGCACCCGUGCCCAUGGAUAAACAGCAAAACAAGUGGCAGAUGCAGGGGCUUGAGGGCAAGGCUCAUCCCAUGGGAUGUGCAGCACUGGAGGACCCGGCUGCUCAGCACCGUGCGUGCCCUGGUACCCCGUGGUGAGCUGAGCCUGGAGGGAUGUGGGGUUUGAGCUGAGGAGCAUCCUCCCUUGUCACUGUGCUCUGCCGGCGGCCCGGGUGGGUCCCUGCUCCCUUCUUGGGUGGCAAACACUGUCUGGGAAGCCAGAAAUGAAACCUGGAAGCCCUUUGGGUGUGUUGUGACCCUGGGCCUCGGGCUGCGGA